UUGCUCGCGCACGAAACCCAUUCUGCCGAUAUUUCGCGGAAGUUGUUUUACUGUUCCUGAAAAAUGGCGAAUCCUGCAGGGCAACGUCGUAAUCCACCAGUCGUAAAUGCCCCUUCGAAACUACUCACCAAAUCUGAAAAUGACCAAGUAUUUAACCUUCUUGGCAAGAAGUGCUGGACUUUGGCAACAGCUGUAGUGCAGGUGUUUUUGUCCCAGCCUCCCAACAGCUGGAGCAAGAAAUGCUGUGGUGUGGCAUGCUUUGUCAAGGACAACAGCCUGCGUUCAUACUUCAUCAGAGUCUACGAUAUUGUGAACGGAAUGAAGCUUUGGGAGCAAGAACUGUACAACCAGUUCAAGUACCAUGUCACCCAUGGCAAGCCUUUCUUCCACACUUUCCCAAUUGAUACAUGUUGGGCCGCCUUCAACUUCGCCAAUGAUGCCGAAGCCGGUGAUUUCAGCAAUGCCAUCGAAACUAAGAUAAGGGCCAAGAUACAGCGUAAAGAAGACAAAAAACGCCGCGCUCCAGGAGCACCUGCCCGGAAUCGACCCAACGCUGCCCCUCCAGUGCCAACACAAACUAACAUCCAGCCUCCAUCUCCGACAAUUAACACCACUACCACCACCAACACCAACACCGCCACCAGUAAGAAGAAAGAUAAGAAGGACAAAGGGAAGAAAGGAAGGCUCACCAAGGCUGACAUUUCUACGCCCAGUAAUUUUACUCAUAUCAGCCAUGUUGGAUGGGACCCAGAAAAGGGUGUAAAUUAUGAAGAGAUGGACCAAGAUGUCCAGAGCUGGUUCAAAAACCUCGGUCUGGAUAACAGCAAGUUCAAGGACAAGGAAACCGUGGAGAUCAUAAAUAAUUUCAUGCAGGAACAUGGAGGAAUCAAUGCAAUUAAAGAUGAAGUGGCUCAGCAACGAACCCGAGGUAUGUCUGCCCCUCCUCCCCCGCCCCCAUCUCGUGGCUCUGCUCCUCCGCCUCCCCCACCAGGCAACCGUGGUGCUCCCCCACCACCCCCAAGCCGUGGUCCUGCACCCCCUCUCCCACCCUCGUCUCGUGGGGCACCGCCCCCACCCCCACCCUCGCGCUCUCUGCCCCCGACGCCCCCUUCUAUGGCCCCACCCAGCAUGCACUCCCGGCCUAUGGCAGCCCCGGCUCCUCCACCCCCACCCCCAUCUGGAGGUGGACCCCCAGCCCCUCCACCCCCACCACCCCCAUCUGUUGGAGCCGCUCCGCCCCCUCCCCCUGUCGGAGGGGGAGGUGGGGGAGGCCGUGGAGGACUCCUAGAUGACAUCCACAAGGGUAUUUCCUUGAAGCGUAUGGAACCAAGUGACCGACCCGCCCCAGCCAGCACUGGACGUGGGGCGCUACUGGAUCAGAUUAGGGGAGGAAAAGCUCUCAAAAAGGUGGAUGUAUCCGAUCGUGAGGCAGAAGUGGCCCCCAGCGUACCUCAGGAUGGCCUAGGGGCUGCACUGCUCAACGCUCUGCAGAUGAGAAGCAAUGCCAUCCACUCUGAAGACAGUGAUGACGAUUCGGAUGAUGACGACUUUGAUUAUGAUGAUGACGAAGAGUGGGAGUAAACCAAUAAUCAAGGGGAGAUGAUGAAUCAAGGAGAGAUGAUGCAAUCGAGAAAAAUUGAUCAAGCAAUUACAGUCCAAUUUUAAUUGUUUCCUUAUGGGCUCCGUGCUCAAGUACCUUCUCAACGGUACAGAGGGGCGAGUUGGGGGAGACCACUGGGAGAGACAUCUGAACACAUUGCUGAUGACGCCUAUUCCUCACUCGAAGACGUUAUGGCUUUGUGCACAUUCAGAGUAAAACAAAUUGUGCCUACUUAAUGCUAUACAUGCACGAACCAGGAGAUGCACGCAGUGUGUCCAAUCCAAAGGGGUUCUCGAAAGUGCACCCAAAAGCAAAGGCCCUCUCUUUUUCAUGCACGGAGUCAAUCAUGUGGUAUCUAAUUCUCUGAGUUGUAGUCGAGUCCACCACAUUUCCAUCACAAGUCCUUUAAUCAGUAAAUCACAAAUCCUUUCACGAGUCAGCUCAAAGUAACAGGGGUGAACAAUAACAAAGGAAUGCCUUUGUUGCGAUUCAUUUGAAUCACGGAUACUCUAUAAAGGAUAAACAACUUCCCCAAAUUUCUGGUUAGAGGCGUGAUAUGGCACUUGGGUGUGCGCGAGACUCAGCAUGCGACUGCAGACUUCAUUGGUCACAUUUCUGUCAGGACGCCAGCUGUCGGCGAUCAUGGCGUGCGCGCCUUGUUCUACAUGUUCUACGCGUUGUUCUAUGCGGGAGUAUGCGCGGACGCGGAAUAUCACGCAUGUAGACAGUACAUUCUGUACAGUUUGUACACAAGAUCAGAUGAGUCAUUUAUCCUUGUGUAGAGAAUCCUUGUUUGAAUGGAGUUUGACUUGAAUGGAGACUGGAGGACUUGUCAUGGACUUGUGGGGACUUGUAGCUAGACUUGACAAUAACACUGCCAAGUCUAUAAUAAAAAGCUGACCCAAAAAACACUAGUCCUUGAUCAGUAAAAAUGUCUUCCUCAAAUUUAACUGAUUUUUGUUAUUAUUAAAGCUAUAGUCCAUCAUUUGUAAUUUGUGCAUUUUGUUCGUUUGAAGCAACAAAAGAGUUCAA